AUGUCUAUCAAGAACGAAAAUCCUUUAAACUCGAAUCCGGAGAUCUUGCUAAAGAAACGUAAGGAUGCAGACAGAUUACGUGUUGAAAAGCAACAACAGGCUAAGCGUCGUGCUGAAGAGCGUCUUAAAAAGCAACAAAGCAAGAGAUCAGGUCAAAAGUUUUUACGUGCAGAGACGAUUGUUGCACGUAAGCUAGCCUCUGAACGUGAGAAGGUGAGAAUUAAGAGAGUUAGUAAAUACGACAAACAAUACUUCAAUGAGGACACAAAGGAAGGUGAGGAACGUCUCUUGUUUGUGUUCCGUAUUUCCAAGCCGCAUAUGGGUGAAAUUCCAUCCAGGGCAAGGAAGGUACUGAACAUUUUGCGGUUGAGGAAGGCCAACCAAGGUACUUUUGUGCGAUUAAAUAAGAAGGUUGAGCCACUAUUACAUUUGAUCAAUCCAUAUGUUGUUGUUGGCACGCCAAGUUUGGCCACUGUGAGAGAUCUCAUUCAAAAGAGGGCGACCGUUAGAAUUGAAAUCACCAAGGACGAGGACAGAACCGUUGAGAAGAAGGACGGAGAUGAGACGAAAUCAGUCGAAGGUGCAGACUACAAGAUCAUUCCAUUAAACGACAACAAUCUGAUUGAAGACAGACUCGGUGAACAUGGGGUCAUUUGUACCGAGGAUAUCAUCUUUGAGAUCUUCAAGUUAGGUGAUGCCUUUUUAGAAUGCUGCAAAUUUUUAGAACCAUUUACAUUAAAGGAACCUGUUUCUGGAUGGGGGGCAUUGAGUAAAUUACAAAGAAUCGAACAGAAGGAGGAGUCCAACAAGUACAAGGUUUCAGCGAAGCGUAAUGCGCCAUUGAACGAGGUUGAUAUCGACACCUUCAUCUCAGAACAAAUCUAG